UGUAAAUCUAGACUGUAAUUCUGUAAUAUAUCACAGUACCUCGUAAAACCGACACUAAAACCUCCCGGCCUACAAAUCACCGGUCAAAUUAUGAGUUCAUUGUAUUAUGCGAACGCUUUGUUUUCCAAAUAUCAAGCUGCAAGUUCGGUUUUUCCAAGUGGGGUCUUUCCCGAGCAAACUUCUUGCGCCUUUGCGUCCAGUUCACCGCGAGCCAGCAGCUAUGUCUCGGGCUCCGGCGGCGCAGGCUUCUCCUCCUCUUCCUCCACACUGUCGGGACUGUACAAUAACGCAGGGAACAUGCCCACCCAAACCCACAGCAUGUAUCCCUCUGCGUACGGGCUGGGCACCGGCUCUGUGAACAUGCACUGCUCCCACUUUGAACACCCCAACCUCUCCAUGAUUUGCUCCGGUGGUGACCCGUCCAAGGUGUCCAGCUGCGGUAAGGCGGAGCAGAGACAGAACGAGGACAGUUUACGGAUCUACCCCUGGAUGAGAAGCUCAGGUGCAGACAGAAAGCGAGGUCGACAGACGUACACGCGUUACCAGACGCUGGAGCUUGAGAAGGAGUUCCACUUCAAUCGCUACCUGACCCGCCGAAGACGCAUAGAGAUCGCUCACGCGCUGUGUCUCACCGAGAGGCAGAUCAAAAUCUGGUUCCAGAACCGGAGGAUGAAGUGGAAGAAGGAGAACAAGACGCCCGGACGGAGCUCCCCUGCAGCCGAACCGCCGGGGGGCGAGGAGGAUGAGGAUGAAGACAGUAGUGACGGCGAACGGACGGUGAAAAGACUAAUGAGCACUACAUGAGACUGAUAUUAUAUUAAAACCGUAGGGGAAAACCGCGUCCCCCUAUUCUUACACUGAGUUAAACAUACAAUACUACCUAUAAGAUUAAUGAUUUAUUCAUGUAGUCUAAAGCCACGUCUUGUUUUAUUAAAAGUACAGUGAAAUUGUAUAAAUAAAUAAAUUUACAUUGAUUUCUAAGCGAUACUAAAUAAGCUAUUGUUGCUUACAUUUUGAUUUAGAUCAAUAUUGUCUAGUGUUUUGACGUAGACCUGAAAUAUUGCAAAACCCUGGUUGGGAAAAUUUGCCUAUAUACAAGAAAAGGGAAACUAAGAUCAGUUAUUAUAUUUUCAUUCUCUGUCAUCUUGUGAUCUUCUGGAUGUGUAUUUUAUGACUUGUUGUAAGGGCUUUUACCCCUAUGUCAAUUGAUUUUACGUAUUUUGUUUUUAUUCUUGACAUGUGGCCUACACCGGACCACGAGAUGUAGGAAUUUGUAUAUUUUCGUGUUGUGAGGAACUAUUUCUUAUUCAAUUGCACAAGAGUUCUGUUCAUGUCAAUAAAACAAAAAUUAAUCAAUUA